AUGACAAUGGUCCAGGGUGCCGAGGCAUCAAUCAUUCGAAUUGCAGGUGCGGGGCUUCGCCUCUCCUUACUUCUCAACGCAGCAGCAUGUCAACUGGCACAGUCAAGAAUAGAGAUUCACAGUAUUGCAAAAGGAAUUUCACUUUUUGCUUUAACUCUGAAAGAUGUGGCGCAGAAAUUGGACGCGACGAACCUGGAACUCUCCCCCGAAGUGUCAGGCAAGGCCUGGGAGAUUGCAUACCAAGGCCAGGCAACGUUUGUCGAAAUUGAACACAUGUUGGAUAAACUACAGGGCACCGAUGCAGAUGAUGAUCUGAGACGGCUUCCGAUGCAAGAGCGGCUGAAAUGCUGUUUCAGAAAACAACACGUCACGUAUCUGUUGGCGUCCCUCGAAUCUUUGAAGCUCAGUUUAAUAGUUAUCACACGGAUUCUGCAAUUGGCAUAUGUCAUACAUUCGAAAACUAGUUUGGCAAGCCCAAACGAUCUCGUGGCAGAUGAUAUUAUCGCCCAAGAGAAGGCAGAAACUCAGAACAUGAUCAUUAUUCGAUAUUGGUCGACAAAACGGUUGGACCGCUUGUGGGACAUGGUGGAGCAAGAAGCUGUGGACGCUGUCAAUGAUCCGACCAGCCAAAGGAUAAAUUUCAACUACUCUUCCAACACAGCACAAGUAAGGCUGCCAAUCGCGGGGACGACUGGUUCUGGCCUCACCAAGCUCCCAGUGGUAACUUUUGGAGAUAUCGAUGUUGGGUUGAGUGAUGUUGAGCGCUCUCCAAAGGAUAUGGUACAUCUCUCGGAGAGGGCAAUGAACCGGCUGUUGCUGCUUUGGGCUCCGCCGAUGAGUUUGGAGCUGCAAGAUACCAGCAUAAUCGCUCGUGGUGUCGAGCCCAGCCGGCCCCAAGUCUAUGUCUCCUCUGACAGCGAGGAAGAUAUCGAAGAUCAAUUUCCUCAGGGUCCUGGUGUUCGUGGUUAUUACCUGGAAGGUAAUACCACAGACUGGCGAAAGCCCCAGUCACAGCAAGCCCGUUACGAGGCUGCUCGUCUGCGCCAGCAUUAUUCAGACUACCAGGCCCACGUGGAAAGUGAAGCCGAUACCGAAGGUCUGCAUCGGCAAGACUCCACUCCGAAAUCUCGGACAGCGCCUCCGAGUGAAGAAGGCGAGCAGGGACCUCCUUCACGCCAGUCAUCUGGCUCUGGCAGCGUCAAUGGAGGACGGAACCUUUCUCACAGCUUUACAUCUGGAUAUGCACCCCCCCCAUAUCAUAAUCCCGAUCCCAAGCAUGUAGGCUUUACCAGUGGAAGCUUUCCACCGCCAGAUCAAGCCACCCCUCGCUCUCGAGCGUCGUCAUAUCUUCAACCUAGUUCACCAAGCAGCCCGGGAUACCCUCCACAAACACAGCGAGGCUUCUCUAACCAGGAAUACUAUGCGAGUGCCCCGAGAUCCAUCCCAGUAAAUCCGAGGCCCACAAUACCCCCACCCACUUCUAUGCCUGGUUAUUCACCCCGAGGAACUCCCCCAAGUCCGUCCGAACCCCCGUGGCCCAGGUCACAAGGAUAUAAUAACGGCAUACCAAAAGCUCGGCAGCCUCAACACCCUUACCCACUUUCAUCGUCCUCCCCGGAGGCUAAUUUUCAAGCACCUCCGCGUUCCAGCCAGCGGUCUCCGACUCACUCCCGUCGUUCGUCACGGGAAGAAACCAAGGACCGCAACAAAGAUUUAAAGCGUAGUGCGACUAGGGGACUAGCAGGGAUCGGUGCCAUUGCUGGAUUUAUGGACGCAUUGGAAGCAUUUGAAUUUCUCUAA